AUGGCUGACGAGGAGUUCGAGAUUGACAUCUACGGCGAUGCGAACCCCGACCAGGGCGACAACAAAGACGGCCAGGCCUAUGAGGGCGACGACUCCAACGGCCACGCGCAGUACCAUGACGACCACCAGGACAAGGACGGCGCGGCCGAUGGUGAGGACCACAACCACGGCAGCAACCACGAGUCCUCUGCCACACCACUUGCAGCCCCCGCCCCAACUCAUGGAGUGAAGCGCAAGGAGGGAUCGGAUGAUAGGCCGAUCGACCCAGGCGCGACUUCGGCCAUCAUGAUCUCCGAGCUCAACUGGUGGACUACCGAUGACGACAUUCGCGGCUGGAUUCGCGACGCCGGCUGUGAGGCCGAGCUAAAGGACAUUACGUUUAGCGAACACAAGGUCAACGGCAAAUCCAAGGGUCAAGUUUAUAUUGAGCUCAAGUCCCAGCAGGCCGCCACGGCCGUCAAGCAUCGUGUCGAGGCUCAGCAGAGCGACGAUGCCAACGCCCAGACCAAGAGGCAGACUGUCCUCUACUCACCGCCGACAGUCAACCCCUUCCGCACCCUUCCCAAGGACCAGCCGCGUGCCGGUAAGGACGGCCAGAACCGCACUCCGUCCGGCCCUGGCUACAACGACCGCAACAACAUGGGCGGUAACAACUACGGUGGUGGCUACCGUGGCGGCCGCGGCGGCUACAACAACAUGCGCGGCACCGGCAUGGGCAACCAGGGCGGCGGAGGCUUCCAGAACCGCGGCUUCAGCAACAACAACGCCUAUAACAGCAACGGCAACAUGGGCGGCGGCGGCGGCUUCGGCGGCGGCGGCGGCAACCCCAUGGGCGGCAACUUUGGCGGCGGCGGAGGCGGCCCCAACAACUUCGGUGGCGGCCCCGGCGGCUUCCGUGGUGGCGGCAUGAUGGGCCCCGGCGGAAUGCGCGGCGGUGGCAUGCGCGGCGGCCGCGGCGGUAUGGGUGGCAUGAUGGGCGCCGGCAUGAACCCCAUGGGCAACAUGGCGGGUAUGAACCCAAUGGGCAACAUGGGUGGCAUGGGUGGCAUGGGCGGCAUGGGCGGUCCCAUGGGCGGCAAUAUGGGUGGUGGAAUGGGAGGAAUGGGUAUGAUGGGCGGUGGAAUGCCUGGCUUCCCAGGCAUGCAGCCCCAGUUCAACCCCGCCUUCUUCGGAGGCGGCGGAGGCAGCGGCAACCAGUCAGGCGGCAGCAGCGACUGGCAGAAUCCGCACGGCGCCAAACGUCCCCGGCCGGAGUAG